AUGCCAAGGAUAUCUCGUGGCCGUGACGAGCAGCCUGACAACCCAGCAAGCAAGCCGGUCGAGCACCUUCCCGAAACUGACAACCCUCCCGACCACAACGAAACACUCUCAACCAUCAAAAAGACCGCUAAGGACACGCAUCUGUCUGGGAGCAAAUAUAACAACCCAGCCGAGGCAUCUGCAGCUGUGACCAUUACUGCUGGAGGCUCUGCCGCAGUAGGCGGCCAUGAUUGCGCCAAGGCCAUCGCUGCUCUUCGUUCGGCUGUACCAUUUGACAGCGGUGCGCCGAGCUUCCUUGAAGAAACAUGUGUACAGGAUCUCGGAUGGAACUACUUCGAAGGUGCAGGUGCACGGCUGAUCCCCGUCCUGCAUGGCAUGUCGGACGACGAGCUCUGGCUGCCCAUUCUCCGUCCGAACAACCAGACACACCACGUUAGCACGCUCUUCCCGGCUGUACCACUGGCCAUUAUCGACGAGCGCAUCGCAGAUGCACGUCUUCCAGGUGUUGGCCAGCUCAGCACAGAUGACAGCGCCAUAGCAGCCGCAGGGACCACGGCUGAUGGAUGUACGACCUCCAUAAACCACAAAAAUGGUGAGAAUGGUAACGAAGUCAAUGAAUUUAACGACAUGAAUCAAGAUGAGGUGGACGUCGAGCACUUUGAUGGAGACAUAUCAGAUGACCAAGAAGCAAAGGAAGGAGGUGAGAAACUCAAGCCCGAUGCUCUAGCUCCCAUGCCAUCCCUAGCUGAGGCAGUCACCGAGUGCACUGAGUUGAAGGCAGCUGCCGAAGUGGGAAAGGCUGGAGAACUUGACCUCACACUCCUCCGCAUUCGAGAGCUGAACCGAUGCCUACUGCCGCCACGCAUGGGCGCGGCGACCCCCUCCUCCUUUCACGAAGGUGCGGCCAUGGCCGUUCACCCGGAUGUCCCCGAGGAGCAUCGCGACGAAAUAGCGCCGCAGCAGGAGCAGGACGCGAAAACUGUUUCGAGCCAAGGUGGCAGCGGGCAGCCGAUGAACAAGAAAUAUGCCCCCUUCCUUGGCUUACGCAAGGACUGUGUCAAGAUUGGCGUCGAGACGUUUCUUGGCGGUAAAUGUGUGGAGACGUCCAUCAGCCCUCUGCCCGCCAAGAGCCGAUUGGUACAGGAUGCUAUUACUGCCAAGGGCAGGCGUAUCGGCGAUGGGCCCAUCGGCUUCCACGCACGCCACAAGAACAAGCGAGGCCUCAUAUUUGGCAAGUCCAAGAGCUUGUAUUCGAUCAAGCACAUGAUCGAAGGAAGCAAAGACCUUCAAGUUACGGAAGAAGAAUUGCUGGCAAAAGCCAAGAAUGGUGACGGCGGAGAUACCGUGCAACAGUCUACGCUAAUCAGCAAAGCCGUCGAAAACAAUGCGCCGAUCCACGAAGUCGACGGCCUCUCUUGGGUUUCCAAGCUCGUCAUCAGCUAG